AGCACCUCUUCGCUGUGCCGUGGGCCGAUAGCCCUCCGGUGCUGAGUACAUCAUGGUGCUAGUCAGAGCGUGGGUGAAGGGGGAGCUGGAGGGCAUCCUGCAGGACGGCAUGAACGCGCCGCCCGUGACGCCUCGACGAAUCCGCACUCGCAGGCAGCACGUGCAGUGCGUCGAGGUCAACGAGGGGUGCAGCGGGUUGAAGAUCAACGACGGGGAGACCAUGGUGUGGUGUUUCGUCACCAAGCAGGGCAUGGAAAAGUUCCUCUUGGACGGAAAGAACCCGACCUUCGCCAGCCUGAACAACAAGACCAUCACCAUCGACGACUGGGAGUUCUCGACGAUAAACGUGCUGUGUCCGGCCUUCGACGAGAAGAAGGCGAAAGCCAAUGGCCAUAUCUGUAUUCUGAUCAACAAGUUUGCGCUGUUCGGCGGCGAGCGUACCACCACGAUCGGAAAGCCGACGGACCUCGGGGAGGGGAACCGAGAGCUCCGCGCCAUCUGGCGCGCCCUUUCCAUCCCUAAAGAUCUGGUGCGAGCCCUGGCGCGCGGCCAAGGGCUGACCGACCUACGAGACAUAGACGGGGUGGUGAUGAAUGCUCCAGACCCGGAGGGGCUCUCUUGGGAAGACGUAGAGCCGGCGCUCAUGGUGAGACCGACGACGGUGUCGCCGCCACCGCCGAGCAGCCAGCCGCAGCCCAAGGAACCCGUCGGGACCCCGGCUGGGGGGAUGCGGUCACCGGCGGCAGACCGUGGCAGUAACGGCGGCGGCAGCGGCAGCGGCGGCGGCGGUGGUGGAGGAGAAGCGUCUCUCCUCGACGACAUGACGCAGCAAAGCCUUGGGAUGGACUACGACGAUGGCGACUUCGGGGGAGGGGAUGGCGACUUCCACACCCAAGCACCGUCCGCUGGAAACGUGUUCAGCCAGGAAGAAAUGGACAUGCGCCCGGCGUCGCCGACCCCCUCGUCGCCGCCAACCUCGCCGGGUACACGUGGCGGCGGCGGCUGCAGCGAUGGUGCUGGUGCUGGUGCUGGUGCUGGUGCUGGGAGGGCGGCAGCGGCAUCGGACGUUGGGCGGGCAGGCUCGACGAGAGAAGAAACGGUCGCAGGAUCGCCGGACGUCGUGCCGCACCUCGUCGGGGGGGACAACGCAGACGAGGACGAGCCGGUCGGACAGGGGGGUGGCGGGCAGGGGGCGCGAGCGGCACUCACUGGUGGCAGCGUGGCCGCAGGUAACCGGACAGCUGCUAACGGGCACCAGCCAGCAGCAGCAGCAGCAGCAGCAGGAGGGAAUGGCAAGAGGAAGCGAGAGCAGCAGCAGGAGGAGGGAGAAGAAAAGGAGGAGGAGGAGGAGGAGGAGGAGGAAGGUACGGACCCGAUCCCAGUUGGGUUCACCCAACUGGACGUUGCGCCCGGGGACGGAGCGUUGGAGCUAUCGGAGCCGCGACAAAACGGAGGAGAGAAGGACAACGGCGAGGAGGAGGAGGAGGAGGAGGAGGAAGAGGAAGAACGAAUAGGAGGAUCGCGUCGAACAAUCCUCGCUGCGCGUGCAGGGGGUGGGAUACGGGCGGCAACGGCGGGGGCCAGCGGCGGCGGCGGCGGCGGUAGCGGUGCCACCAUUCAAGAUUCUCUCUCGCCUGAAGACAUCUUGUCCCCGCAAGUACUCUCGGGUGGGACCUCUUCCUCGUCGAACGUCGGGUCCCCGAACAGCAGCGGGCUGGGCCUGAGCUGCCUCACGCAACAACGGCAGAACGAGGGGCGCUGCCAUUCGAACAGCGGCGCUCGCAACGCCGCCGAGAAGUGCGACAUACGUAGCGUGUUCCGGACCGGCGGCGGCGAUGGCGGCGAUGGCGGCGGUGGCAGCGGCUCCGGUGGCCGUCGUAGCGGAGCAACAGCAGCAGCAGGGAGAAAACAGAGCGGCCACAGCAACAGCGACGGCGGAAGCGAAGACGACGCACGCGCGGCCGGCAAUCGCCGCCGCGCUCCGCCCACCUCCCGGAACGGCACGAGGAGCAGCGGACGCCGCGCGGGCUUCGGCUUCGGCGGCGGCGGCGGCGGUGCUGGCGCGGUAGACGGACCUAGUGCCGAGACGCCGGACACCGCGACCCCGGACACAGUGGAGAUGGAGGUCGAGGACGGCCCGGCGCUAUCGGCCCUCGAGGCUGCCGCCAAGAAGCUCCCGGUACGGCCUCUCCGGGGCGGCUCCCUGAGCGGCAGUCGGAAGCGGAGCCGGCCGCUUUCGGACGUCCUCGUGGCCUUGGACCCGGAGUGGGACGGGUCGGGCCCGCCCCGUGUCGUCGCCCGCGGGGCCGACGCGGACGAGAUGCUGGCGGAGUGGCUGGACUCGAGCAGGCCAGCGAGGAGGAGGCCUCCGCCGCUCUCGAUCUGCGCUUGGCUGGACAAGUUUGCCGGCGGCGGCGGUGCUGGCGGCGGCGGAAGCAACGGCGGUGCUAGGGGCGGCAGCGGCAGUAGAAGGAGCACCAACUGGACCGCUGAUGGUAGAUUCCUCGACAAGGGGGGGGGGCGGCAUUGUUGACGACAGGCGGCGAAAAAUGCUCGCUGCAGCACGAUUGGAAUGCGUCUGGCUUGGCGACUUGUCAUUUUGCACGCCUUUGGAUGCCGCGACGUUGGGCACAAGAGUUUUUUUGUACGGCGCUCCUUGGUGGGUUGGGUAGGUUAACAGU